AUGCAAUAUUCACUUAGUCCUCCUCAGUCUUCCUCAGUCCCUCUUAGUCCCUUUAGUCCUCCUCAACCCUUCUCAGUUCUCCUCAGUCUCCUUAGUCCCUCUAGUCUCCUCAGUCUUCCUCAGCUCUCCUUGGUCAACUGUCCUCCUUGGUCCUCCUCAGUCCCUCUCAGUCCUCCUCAGCCCUCCUCACUCUCCAUACCUGAACAUGUGGUCACAGGAGCGCGGGUUCAAAGCACCGCAGUCACCAGAGACAGCAGCGCCGCAGCAGCUGGUGUGAUUCUCAGACUGCAGGAGAACCAGGGUCGCACAUCCACGGUGUGCAGUAACUGUGAGAGCGAAACUUUCUUUAAAUCCAGAGGAGCAGGCUGCAGAGGGUUGUUUACAGACGCUGUCAUUCAGCGCACACAGGGCACUGAAGCACAACAAAGAGUACGGGCCGAAGGACACUUCAGUCUGCACCUCACCUGGGACCGGCAGCAGUCGCUGCCACUGAGCGACUUAUUGUUUCCCGGUUUGGCUCAAACAGCAGCAGAGCAACAGGCCAAUUCAGAAAGAACAUUUCCUGAGCCACUGGAGAAGGGCCAUGAAGAGGAGAGCUGA